AUGCUGUUCCCACACAUUCCAGCGGCUAUACGGUGCGCACAAUCUCCACAACGUAUGUUCUCGGCCUUGGGGACAACGCGGACACGGCGACAAGACUGUGUUAUGCGGGAAGAGCAUUCACCGCCGCCAUAUUCUUCACGGGCUUUUCAUCAACAGCAACGUUCCCAGUUCGCUGCUACAAGCGGGGCUCAGCAACAACCACCACCGUAUGCUCCGCGACKCAGUGAAGACCGCCGAAUACCACCUCGCUCUCCCACUUCAGCGCGGCAGACCAACCUUCGAAAGUCCAAUCCCAGAGUUGAGCGUCUUCGUCGAUUCCUCUCCUUCUCCCUAGCGAUCGACUAUGGUUUACAGAACGCCACACCAGAUAGACUUUCUGCAUCUGACUGGGCUCACUUCGUGCGUCUAGCUCGGCAGAUGGCGGAAGCGUGUUCGGCAGCGAACGAAGAUCUCAGCGACAGUCAUCUCACAGAGGAUAUCAUGACGCCACCGAUCCGCUACCAGGUUAGAGAGCCUGCUAUCGCUCUCGGAGUCGAUCCUCAGACUGUGCUGGUCCAAUUACGGCUAUUCAUCAGCUCCAUCCAUCGAUGCAAAGGCGGUGGCGGGUAUUCAUCACAACUGGAGCGAAUGCCCGUCGAUCAGGACAUGCGAGAAUUUGGGCGCAAACUUCUCCACGACCGGAUGGAGCUUAUCGAAACUGUGUUGCCCAAGAAUCCCAAGGCGAUGUGUCCGUACAGAGCCUUACAGACGCAGAWGAUGGUGAGAAAUCAGACGAUUAUUGAUCAAUGGUUUGUGCGCCUCGAUGGAUCGAAUUGCGAUCCUAGGGAGAUGCGCUCGCCGCUCAAUGCAAAGAAUGCCCCUUUUCCGUUGAGAACGUUUGAAAAGGAGACUAAGAAUGUGAUUGCUUUGCUGCGGUUGUUGCAAAGCAGUCCAUCAGACAUACCGUGUUGGAAAAGAUGGAUAUAUCAUGCAGCUAAGCGAAGGGAGGAUAGUCUUUAUCUUGCGGAAGAUGAUGAGUGUAACUACUUUGCGAGAAGUGCACGUGAAGUGAUGAUUUAG